ACAGGAUCUUCCCUGCUGUGAGUGCCUUGAAGAGGGAGCGGCGGGCUCGGCUAAAGAGGCAACUGGCUCGAGGACUGCUAAAGAGUAUGGCUGUCCCUCUCAGAGCUCACGCCCGUGUGAAGAAUUUGGCCGUGGAAGCAGGAGUCCUCACUGGGAAGGAGAGCAACGUGCUGCAGCCUGAGGCCCACGUCCACACAACCCCCGGGGAGGAGGGCUCCCCAGGGGCUCUGCUGCUCGGCAAGCCCCCAGAACCUUUGUCUGUGCCCCGCACUCCAGCGACCUUGGAGCAGCAACUGAUGGUUUCUCUUUCUGGGGAGCCCCACGGGCCCCCUGCCCUGCCCAGCACAUGCUCAACUCUGAUCCUCCAGCCCUGUGCCACCCUUGACCCUCUUCUACUGCAGCCACAGGCCCCCAAAGCGUCGGACCAGGCUGCGAUUUCUGCCUCCUUAGAGUGGCAGCGGAAGCUGGAGGCCGCCGAGGCUCUGCUGACCCUGAGAGACUCCUCCCAGGCCCCUUCUGACUCCACCUCCGUGAACCAGCCCUGCGUCCCACCAGCUCCUGCUGGAGAUAAAGGACUCCAGCCUCCCAGCCCCUCUCUCCGCCCCAGGCCAGCCAGCUCUGUCUCGCUGCCUAUUGGACAUCUGGGCUGCAUCUCCCUCUUGAGCUAGGAGCCCAGAGGAGGAGGCCUCAGUAGAGCACUGCCUAUUUGGAAUCCUGUUUCUGAAUGUGCAAAAUGGUUAAUGUUCAAAAUGCUUAACAUCUUUUUUUAAGCCUUCAGGUGUUUUAUAAGCUUUCAGACCCUUUUUAUUAUAUGGGGCAAUUCCUUGGCUGAGGGUGGAUAUUCUCGUACCUCUAUCCCUUACUCCUUUGGAUGCUGGGGCCUUUUUAUGUCUCCUAUCAUAGCAGGAUUGUGCAAUCUAAGUUGAUCAGUCUCUAAAUGGGGUUCUGUGUGAAUUCAUAUGCCAGAGUUUUUAUUUGUCUUGUGAUUGCAGACAUACCUGUGCACUCAUGUACGUAUCCAUGCAUGUGGAAACAUAAGAAUGUUUUCACUUUGUCUCUAGGUCUGUGUGCGUGAACAAAUAAUAAACCCUUGUUGUUGUAAGGCA